AAGCUGACGCAGAGUUGGGAAUUCAUUUUCGGUGACACAUCCGAGUGUUUCCGGAGAUAGGGGGGCGGUUCAGGCUUCACGUAUUGACGGGAGAAGUGCUUCUGAGGAGUGGAGAGGACAAAAGAUGGUUUCGUGCGCAGAGUAACGAGGAGAUGGCUCCGGGACCAGUGGACACCAGGAUACAACAAGCAGAGGAUUUGUUCAUGCUAAUCUCAAACACAACAUCAGCAGAUUCAUACUGGGAUCGGCCAUUCACCUGUUCUGAGUGUGGGAAGGGAGUCACUCGGUCAUUCCAAUUGCUGAUGCACCAAAAAAUUCCCAGAGAAGAGGCCGUGUAUGUGCACUGAGUGUGGGAAGGGCUUCCUUCAGUCAUCCCACCUGCUGACACACCGGCCUGUUCACACUGGUUCGUGGCCGUUCUCCUGCUCAACGUGUGGUAAGGGAAUUGCUCAGUUAUCCAGCCUGAUGACGCACCAGCGAGUUCAUGCCAGGGAAAGGCCGUUCUCCUGCUCGGAGUGUGGGAAGGGCUUUGCUCAGUCGUCUCAUUUGCUGACACACCAGAGAGUUCACACCGGGGAGAGGCCGUACACCUGCUCUGAGUGCGGGAAGGGAUUCACUCGGUCGUCUGAGCUCCUGAGACACCAGCUAGUUCACACUGGGGAGAAGCCGUACACUUGCUCCGAAUGUGGGAAGGGAUUCACUCGGUCAUCCCAUUUGCUGACACACCAGAGAGUUCACACCGGGGAGAGGCCAUUCAACUGCCCUGAGUGUGGGAAGGGAUUCACUCGGUCGUCUGAGCUGCUGAUACACCAGUGGGUUCACACCGGUGAGAAGCCGUAUACCUGCUCCGAGUGUGGGAAGGGAUUCACUCAGUCAUCCGUAUUGGUGAAACACCAGAGAGUUCACACUGGGGAGAGGCCAUUCAUCUGCUCCGAGUGUGGGAAGGGAUACAUUCGGUCGUCCCAUUUGCUGACACACCAGAGAGUUCACACCGGGGAGAGGCCGUUCAUCUGCUCCGAGUGUGGGAAGGGAUUCAGUCGGUCAUCCCGCUUGCUGACACAUCAGAGAGUUCACACUGGGGAGAGGCCGUACACCUGCUCCGAGUGUGGGAAAGGAUUCACUCAUUCGUCCCAUUUGUUGAGACAUCAGCGAAUUCACACCGAGGAGAGGCCAUUCACCUGCUCUGAGUGCGGAAAGGGAUUCCGUUGGUCAUCUGACCUGCUGAAACACCAGCGAAUUCACACUCGAGUUCACUCUGGGGAAAGGCCAUUCUCCUGCUCGGAGUGUGGGAAGGGCUUUGCUCAGUCAUCCCACUUGCAGGCACACCAGCGAGUUCACACUGGGGAGAGGCCGUUCUCCUGCUCAACGUGUGGGAAAAGAUUCACUCAGUUAUCCAGCCUAAUCUCACACAGGCGAGUUCACACUGGGGAGAGGCCAUUCUCCUGCUCAACAUGUGGGAAAGGAUUCACUCAGCUAUCCGGCCUGUUGAGGCACCAGAGAGUUCACACUGGGGAGAGGCCGUUCUCCUGCUCUGAGUGUGGGAAGGAAUUCACUGACUUCUCACACUUGCUGACACACCAGAGAGUUCACACCGGGGAGAGGCCGUUCAUCUGCUCGACAUGUGGGAAGGGAUUCAGUGAUUCGUCGCACUUGCUGAAUCACCAGCGGGUUCACACCGGGGAGAGGCCGUUCAUCUGCUCCGAGUGCGGGAAGGAAUUCACUCAGUCGACCCAUUUGCUGACACACCAGAGAGUUCACACUGGGGAGAGGCCGUACACUUGCUCCGAGUGUGGGAAGGGAUUCACAGUUUCGUCCCAUUUGCUGAAACAUCAGCGAGUUCACACGGGGGAGAAGCCGUACACCUGCUCUGAGUGCGGGAAAGGAUUCACUCGGUCGGUCGAUUUGCUCACACACCAGAGAGUUCACACCGGGGAGAGGCCGUUCAUCUGCCCUGAGUGCGGGAAGGGAUUCACUCAGUCUUCCAACCUGAUAACACACCAGCGGGUACACACUGGAGAGAGACCGUUCUCCUGCUCAACAUGUGAGAAGAGAUUCACCCAUUUAUCUGGUCUGCUGAUACACCGGCGAAUUCACACCGGGGAGAAGCCGUACACCUGCUCCGAGUGCGGGAAGGGAUUCACUCGGUCAUCCCAUUUGCUGACACACCAGAGAGUUCACACGUUGGAGAGGCCGUUCACCUGCUCUGAGUGUGGGAAGGGAUACACUACGUCAUCCAGCCUGGUGACGCACCAGCGAGUUCACACCGGGAAGAGGCCGUUCACCUGCUCUGAGUGCGGGAAGGGAUUCCCUUCAUCAUCUCAGCUGCUGAAGCACCAGCGAAUUCACACUACAGAGAAAGAUUAAACCUGUUGUAUGGUCAUUUUACAACCAUCACUGCUACUGAAAUCUAGCACAAAUUCACAAGUGUUGCAGGUGUUCACGGGGGUCGGAUUCUGUCAACGCUGCUGAUCUCGCCCAGGAUUGAACUCUGGUCAUUGGGCACAGUUGAUUUUCUUUUGUAAUCUCUUUAACUGAGUUAGAGUUCAAUGUACUGGAUCUCUGAUUAAAAUAAAGCAG